UGACAGUUCUAAGAAACUUCCGCUUCUGUGUUUGAUUAUUCUAUGCAAUUGUAAUGGACUAAUAUUAACAUAAUAGUGAUUGAUAAUAGGAAAAAUAAAUAUAAUUAUACGAUAUUUUAUCAGAUUCAUACUAUUUCGAUAUGCAAAAGGCGUCUGUAAAAACAGAAAUUUUACAACACGAAGGAAAUCCUACAUUAAUAUACCAUGAAAUAAUUGAGCAAGAUGAUGAAUCUAAAGAUGCAGUUUACACCAUUGAGCAAAUGGGUGAAACAGAAUACGAAGAGAUAGAUGAAGUGCAGACUCAAAAUGAGUCAGAAUCAGGUCAAGAAGACUUUUUAUCUAAUUCAAAGCAAUCAAAAUCACAUUUCUGUCCUAAUUGUGGAAAUUGCUAUGGAGCUGCUGGAAGUUUAAAGCUACAUAUUCGUGCUUGCUUGCGUCAAAAAGAAACAGAAGCAAAAGAUCUAGAAGCGCGUAAAUGCCAAAUUUGUGGAAAAGUAUAUAAUUCAAUUAGUUAUUUAAAAGAACAUCUUUUACGACACAGCGGUAAAGGUCCAAGAAAAUGUGAUAAGUGCAAUCGUAAGUUUAUAGAUGAUGAAAAGUACGAAGCCCAUGUCAAAAAUCAUGAAAAUGAUUCUCAAAUCACCGUUGAAGUUGAAACUAGCCAUGAUGGGUGUAGUACUGAAAAGAAGAUAGUCAAACAAUAUACCUGUUCGUUUUGUCAAAAGAAGUUUACAGUAGUUUUUGAUUCUCGGCAUACUAAAAGGCGAUAUGCUUGUGACGAAUGUCGUGAAAGAUUUACUAACGAAGAAGAGCUACGAAAACAUAAAGAAUCUUUAGAAGAAAAAAAGGAGUUUCGUUGUGAAAGGUGUGGUAGAAUUUUCGUAUUUGAGGGGUUUCUUCAAAGACACGCACCAACAUGUGAUGGAACAAUUAAAAAAAAAAGAAAUAUCCCUCGAGACUUGAAUUAAUCUUAAAAAUACUUUAUGGAGAAAAUUGAUAAAUCUAUAAUAAAUACAAUUGGUGUAAAAGAUUUACUUUCAGUUCAAUAAAAUUUAUUAAAUAACAGGA